UCAUUACAAGGGUCAACGGUCUUUGAUGGUUUUUUAUUUUUGAGCCUAAUCAAUCUAUCAACUGUCCCUCAAAAUUUCUCGUCUGCUAAGAGAAGAGAAUAGAAGAUCUAAUGGUGAAGUCAGAGGAGGAGGAGGGCGUGGGAUUGGAGUACUGGCUUCAAUGGCAUGUCCUUGUGUGUGCUCUCAUAUUUGUUGUCCCAGCAGUUGUAGCUCUGAUUCUCAUCAAGAAGAAGAGAGAACCUCUGAGCUCUGUUCAUCUGUGGGUCCCAUGCUGGAGAAACCUCAAUCCCCUUUGGCUCCUCUUCUACAGAGCUUUUGCUUUCACUUCCAUGGCUUUCCUACUCUUUCAGACCGUCUCCGUCUAUGGUGUCUCUGUCUUCUAUUUCUACACUCAAUGGAGUUUUGCAUUGGUGAUGGUCUACUUUGCUGUUGGAACAGCUAUAUCUGUUCGUGGAUGCUGGCGGAACUCCUACUCAAAGAAAACACUGCCCAAAAAUGGGGAGAGUGACGAGUUUAUGAAAAAGGAUUUGGGAGAUAGUAUCAAAUUGCAAAGCUAUUAUAAACAAGAGGACUGUGACCAUAAAGCAGGGUUUUGGGAGUAUCUUAUGCAAGCUAUUUAUCAGACUAGUGCUGGUGCUGCUAUCCUAACGGACAUUGUGUUUUGGUGUAUUCUAGUCCCAUUUCUGCUCGGUGAAAAUUUUCACCUCACCCUGUUGAUUGGAUGCAUGCAUAGCCUAAAUGCUGUGUUUCUACUUAUUGAUUCUGCUAUCAAUAGCCUUCCAUUUCCUUGGUACCGGCUCACGUAUUUUGUGCUAUGGAGUGUUGUCUAUGUUAUUUUCCAUUGGCUUCUUCACGCAUUCGGUUUUACCAACUGGUGGCCAUAUCCUUUCCUUGACCUCUCAUCUCCAUGGGCACCUCUGUGGUAUUUAGGGUUGGGUUUAGUUCACAUCCCUUGUUAUGGACUAUAUGUGCUGCUUAUGAGAGCCAAAAACUCAAUCUUCUCUAGGAUGUUCCCUAGUGCAUUUGGAUGCAGUUUUCUCUAGAGGGAUUUGUGUGUCAUUGCAUAGCAAAUUCUUGUUUGGACCAUAAAAGUCAUUGUUCCUUAGCUGAGUAUUAUUUAUGCAUUAUGCAAUUGGUGAAUGUAAUGUAUUAUUUUUUCCAUUCAUUAUGGAAUUGAUUGUGUCCACUUGAUUACAUGAUAUAUUUAUAUAUAUAUGUGAUGGCAAUUAAUACAA